AUCGCUGUUCUGGUCAAAUUUUUCAAAAAAAUAUCCGUUGCACCUGCUUUAAUUGCUCCAACAACUCUUUUUUUCAAAUUCUUGAACGUUGGCCACCCUCUCUCCUAUAUAUUUGGACCCCCUCUUCUCAUCUUUACACACACAAACACAAACUUCUUCAAUCUCCUUGCAUAUUUUAUCCUCUCUAACAUUCUUUUUGAGAUUUCUUCAUCACCAUGGCCAAAGAUAAGAACAGGGCAGGAGCUUCCGGAAAAUCCAAGGCAAAAUCCCGGGCACCGGUAACCAAUCCCGAGGAUCGCAUCGACUACAACGAUGGGACGUAUCUCUGGUUCGAUUCCGAGGAGGAGCGCACCCGUUUUCUCACCUUCUUCUCUAAACGGGUUGUGGCUCCCCCACGAAUCAUCCCGGAGCGCUACCCGGAGCUGCAAGGCUACGACGACCUUGACGCACAGCUUCAUCAAGCCGGUCUUUGGCCGUUCGUCUCCCGGGCACGCAAGGAGAUCAACCCGGCACUAAUUCGGGCCUUCUACUCCAACCUCCGCUGUGAGGACGACGUGCUCUACUCGCUCGUCAAGAGCACGCCGAUCGAGCUCACUGUGGAGCGGUUUGGACGCAUCGCCGGCCUCCCCUUCCAAGGCGACGAUGUGUCACACUAUGGUGGAGAGGAUUGGGUGCUCAACAACGAGGGCCUUAUCCUCAACGAGCUUGGCAUCACCGAGCUCAAACGCCAUGCCUCAGGCCGCCCAACCAUCCACUCCGCCAAACCCGAAGGCCGCCUGGUCCUCUACAUCGUCACCCGAAUCCU